UGAGCUCCAGCGGAUCGGCACAUGGUUUUUGUCCGCUGCCGUCGACCGACUAGCACUCAGUUGUCUACGCGACUUGAACAGGUGCGGACGUCGCUUCGAAUUCCUCUUUCGAAUUUCUUUUCGAACUUUCUGUGCGUGCAGCUUGAGCCGAAGAAAGCGCCGCGGCGCUCGCUGACAUGAAGUUAAUUGAUGUGAUUAUAUACCUAAUUGCCAUUUUGAUCUUCAUCUAUUUGCUGCUGGAGUAGCAGAAGAAGCCAAAAGUCACUUCACAAUUGCCCAGAGCUUUCUACAGGCCAACACUAACAAUUAAAACAACGAAAACAUUUACGAGUCCCAGCAAGAUGAGGCCUUUCCUGCUGCUGGCCCUGAUUGUGGCGCUGGCCAACUGUGAGCAGCGUCCGCUCGUCUUCACCAACUGGCCGCCCAAGAGCGGUCGUCCCGCCGCCGCAGGAGUCGCCGCUCCGCCGGGAAAGCCCCGCACCCUGGUCGUCCAGAUACGCAGCGAUCAGCCGGUGCCGCUGGUCCUCAAGGGUCGUCCUGGCCAUGGCCACGCCCAGCACAGCCAUGCCGCCCACCUGGCCCAUCCGCACGCCGUGCAUCCCCAUGUCCUGUCACACGCCCACUCGCACGCCCACCUCCACUCGCAUCCGCUGAUCCACGUGCCCCAGCAUCCGCAUCCGCAUCAGUACCAGCACCAGCACCUCCGCGGACCACCACGUCCCGUGAAGCUGAGUGGUCCGUCGCCAGUCUAUCUGAAACCCGCAGGCACCCUGCGGAAGCCACUGAAGAUCAAGCUGAACAACCUGAAGCCCAAGGCGAAGCCCACUUUUGGCUACGACAAGCCCUUCAAGUACGAGAAGCCAGCAGUGAGCUACAGCGAACUCCAGAAUCUACCGCUGGACACGCACAACAACUUCAACACCGAGCACUUUGCACCCAUUUACACGGUUCCCGCACCGAACCUGGCCGACAACCACCUGGAUGUGGAGGAGGGUCACCUCGACUCCUCCUACCUGUACACGCCCCCCUCCCCGAUCCCGCCCUCCUCGGCCCGUCCCCAGACAUACUUGCCACCGAAGUACAGUGUGCACGAGGACGAGACCAAUGACCAAACCAUCCGCGAUCCCAUUUCGGGCUCGCAGAAACUCUUUGCCCCAGAUCCAGAUCCCUCGCUGCCCACCACCAAGAUUCGUCCGCCCACCGAGUCGUUUAACACGCCCAGCAACAACAAGCCGCUGCCCGCCGAUGUCCAGAGCAAUCACCUGCCCGCCCAGCCGCUAGUCCAGAUUGUGGGAGCCCAGGCGGCUGCCCAAACGGCGCCGGAGAUCUAUCCCAUCCAGUAUGCCCAGCCGGCGGCGGUUCAGAGUCAGUCCUUCAUCGCCGCCAUUCCUGCGGCCCACAUCCCCAUCUACAAUCCCACUUACCUGGUCACGCAGUCCAAUCAGCUCUACUCCGCGCACAAGCAGCAGCUUUUCAAGCCCAGCUCGGAGCCGGUGGUGGAGUCGGGCUACGUGAAUGCCGAUCUCACCCAGGAGGUGGCCAGCAACGGGCAGAUCCUGCAGGCGGCCAAGGACCCGCACCACAACAUCCAUCCCGUGCUGGACUCCGCGCCGCAAUACGCGGCCCUGAUUGCCGCCCCGGCUCUGGGUGAUCAUGGCGAGAGCGCCUUCGAGACGGCCUCCUUCCACCUGCCCAACGUGGCCUCAGCGGUGACUGCCUCCGUUCCGGAGGGCGGCUUUGUGGUGUCCAACUUCUAUGGCCACGCGCACGACUCGUCGCAGUUACUGCAGGCCUACGCGGAGGAGGAGGCACGCCGCCAGCAACUGGAGACGGAACACGCAGCCAUUGAGCUGCAGAAGCAGCAGCAAUUGCAUCUCGAAGAACUCAAGGCUCAGGCCCAGGAGCAGCAGCAGCAGCACCAAUUGCAUCUGGAGGAGCUGAGGGCUCAGGCGCAGUACCAGCAGCAGCAGCAACAGCAGUUCGAGGAGUUGCAGGCCCAGGCACAGGAGCAGCAUCUGCAACAGCAACACCAGCAGCAACAGCUGCAGCUUCUGCAACUGCAGCAGCAACAGCAGCAGCUGCAACAGCCAGUGCAGCACCACCCGCAGCAACAGGUGCAACACCAGCAGCAGCAGCAGAUCGCUCAGGAUCCAGCAGCAAGUGCCUUCGAGGAGCACCAGCGAUUGGUGCAGCAGCAAUUGGGCGCGAACACGCCGCUUCGCAUCUUUGUGCCCGACGAAGAGGCUUCCGAGUCGCGGCUGCAAAAACGAUCGGAUGACGUGAAGAAGGGCACCGUGGAGGAUGUGCCCAGCGGGGAUCCGAUCGAGAGCGACAGCGAGGAGUCAGCCAAAGAUUUGUUCGAGGUCUCAACCUCCGUCGAAGUGGCCGGCGAGCAUCUCACGGCCAGCAGUAAUUAGUUAACGCACAUUUAGUCUUCGACGCUGUUCAAAAAUAUUUAUUUACACACUCAUUUGUAAAAACGCAUUCAUGUAGCGAGCAGUCGGUAGUUUAAUAAAUAUAAUCAUUAAUUUAUUCAA